AUGCCUAUCCAGAAAUUGAAAGCCCGACAAAUAUUCGACUCUCGCGGCGACCCGACACUCGAAGUUGAUCUCGUGACCGAUAUUGGACUUCUGCGAUCCUCCGUCCCCUGUGUUUUCUUUCCUAACCCAAACGAAGCUACCGAACUACGGGACAACAACGAAGCCUCGUACAAUGGGCGAUCGGUGUUCAAAGCGGUUGAAAUCGUCAACAACGUCAUAGCUCCGGAGCUUCUUCGGUCGAAGCUUGAAGUCUGUCAGCAGCGCGAAAUUGAUAAUCUUAUGACAAGCCUCGACGGAACUGAUAACAAGUCAAGGCUCGGAGCAAAUGCAAUUCUGGCCGUCUCUGUCGCCUGCUGCAAAGGCGGCGCGGCAAAAAGGGGUCUCCCGCUUUACAGAUAUAUUGCCGAAUUGUCAGAAAACACGGAAAUAAUUAUUCCCGUACCAGCAUUCAAUGUAAUCAGCGGCGGAAAAUAUGCUGGAAAUUCUCUUGCCUGUCAAGAAUUCAUGAUCCUACCUACAGGUAUACAUAUACAAUUAUACGUCGCAUGAUACAUUAAGAGCAGCGACAUUAGUAAUAAGAA